AUGACCAGCGAGACCCCCGCCGAUAACCCGGUCGCUACCAACCCUACCCUCCCUGAUCGCACCGCCGAUAACGCCGCUCCUCAGGGUGAAGUCUCCAAGAACGCUGCUAAGAAGGCCGCUAAGCUGGCCAAGCAGGCAUCUGACAAGGCCGAGAAGAAUGUGAACAAGGGUAUUGGAAAAUCGGAGGCCAAGAAACCCACAUCCAAAGUGCAGGGCAAGAAGAGUGAUGGCCCUGCUCUGAUCGGUAUCGAUGUGACCAAGGAGGAGGACUUCCCCGGGUGGUAUCAGCAGGUUCUCACCAAGGGUGAUAUGCUGGACUACUACAAUGUCUCUGGAUGCUUUGUUCUCAAGCCCGCUUCGUACUCCAUCUGGGAGGAAAUCCAAAACUGGUUCAAUGUGCACAUUAAGAAGAUUGGCGUCAAGAACUGCUCGUUCCCGCUGUUUGUCUCUGAGGAUGUACUUGAAAAAGAGAAGGACCACAUCGAGGGUUUUGCUGCUGAAGUCGCUUGGGUCACUCAUGCAGGCUCGACCCCUCUUGAGAGAAAGAUUGCCAUCCGUCCUACAUCGGAAACCGUCAUGUACCCCUACUACGCCAAGUGGAUUCGCAGCCACCGUGACUUGCCUCUGAAGCUCAACCAAUGGAACUCCGUCGUCCGGUGGGAAUUUAAACACCCUCAGCCUUUCCUCAGAACCAGAGAAUUCCUUUGGCAGGAAGGCCACACCGCUCACUUGACUCAAGAAGGUGCCGAUGAGGAAGUUCUGUACAUCCUUGACCUGUACGCUCGCAUCUACGAGGAACUCCUGGCUGUUCCUGUCGUCAAGGGUAAGAAGACCGAGAAGGAGAAGUUCGCUGGUGGUGCAUACACUACGACUGUUGAGGGUUAUAUCCCGUCCACUGGUCGUGGUAUUCAGGGUGGCACUUCCCACGGUCUUGGCCAGAACUUCAGUAAGAUGUUCAACAUCACCGUUGAGGAUCCUUCAGCCAAGGGUGACGAGAAGAAGCCACCUCUCCACGUCUGGCAGAACUCGUGGGGUCUGUCGACCCGUACACUGGGUGUCAUGGUCAUGAUCCACAGUGACAACCGUGGCUUGGUUCUCCCUCCUCGUGUUGCUGAGACUCAAACCGUCGUCGUCCCUGUCGGUAUCACCGCUAAGACUACCGAGGAAGAGCGCCAGAAGCUCUACUCCGAGAUCGACGGCCUCGUCGCCGUCCUCACUGCUGCCGGUAUCCGCGCCGUCAGCGACAUGCGUGAGGGUUACUCCCCUGGCUGGAAGUUCAACGAAUGGGAACUCCGCGGUGUCCCUCUCCGUAUCGAGUUCGGUCCUGGCGAGUCUAAGGGUCACUUCGUCACCGCCGCCCGCCGUGACGUUCCCGGCAAGGACGGCAAGUCCUCCAUCCCCAUCCCCGAACUCUCCACCGCCGUCCCGGCCCUGCUGGAGACCAUCCAGAAGGAUCUCUUCAACCGCGCAGACAACGAGUUCCGCACCCACCGCAAGAGCAUCACCAACUGGGACGAAUUUGUCCCUGCGCUCAACGACAAGAACGUCUGCCUCAUCCCCCACUGUCUCACUGAGGAGUGUGAGGACCAGAUUAAGGACUUGAGUGCUCGCAAGCAUGAGGAGGACUCUGGCGUCGCUCAGGAUGCCAAGGCUCCCAGCAUGGGCGCUAAGUCGCUGUGCAUUCCCUUCGACCAGCCGGAGGGUAUCGAGCCCGGUGUCACCAAGUGCACGAACCCUCAUUGCAACCGUACGGCAGAGAAGUGGUGUUUGUUCGGCCGUUCCUAUUAA